AUGUUUCCUAUGGAACUUGGAAGUCUAUUAAAGUUGCCAAAAAAUGGUCCUGCUAUAUCUCACUUCUUCUUUGCUGAUGACCUUAUUUUAUUUGGGGAAGCCUCUAUCCACCAAGCUAAGCUUAUGAAGCAUUGUUUGGAUUUAUUUUGCGGUGCCUCGGGUCAGCAAGUUAAUUUUGAUAAAUCCAGAAUUUGUUGCUCUCCUAAUACUGAUUCUGGGAUUGCUUCUACUAUUGCUAAUAUUUGUGGGUCUCCCUUUAUUGAUUGUUUUGGAAAUUAUCUUGGUGUUCCUUUGAUCCAGUCUAUAAUUUCUAAGGAUACUUACUCUGGAUUGUUGACAAAGUGUAGAGUAGAUUGGCUUCCUGGAAGAGUCACACUUUAUCUAUGGCAUCUUGAUAAGCUUAACAUGAAUUUUUUGUGGGGUUUUACUGGUGAUAAAACUAAAAUUCACCUUGUUAAUUGGGACACUGUUUGUCAACCUAAGAGCUUUGGUGGUCUAGGCAUAAAAAAGAUUCAUUGUAUGAACCAGGCUUUACUUGCCAAGACUGGUUGGAAAAUUGUCCAAAAGGAUCAGGGUCUUUGGUCUCAAGUUCUUAAUGGGCUUAAAUGGAGAGUUGGUAAUGGUGACAAUAUCUUGUUUUGGAAAGAUAAUUGGGCAGGUUGUGGGCCUCUUGAGAACUUCUUCACUAUUUCCCUUUCUGAUGAUUUGCUUGAGUGGACUGUGAGUGAUUUCCUUACGGAGCAAGGGUGGAACACCAAUUGGCUUUUGGGUUGUCUCCCAUUGGAUGUGGUGCAGAAAAUUCAUUGUAUUCAUGUAGGGCUAGUUUCAGCUGCAUGCAAGGUAUCCCUUGGUCCUCUCUAUUCUUGGGCUCCUUGUGGUUUUGUUGGAAAUGGCGAUGUAAGAAAGUGUUUGAUGUCAACUUUACUCCUCCUCAUUGGCCCCACAUUUCAAUCAUUCAAUUUACUAGGGAAUGGCUGGUGGCUAACUGCUCCAAGAAUUCUAAGACUUCCAACAAAUUCUUAA